AUGUCGACUCUCGAGACUAUUGCUCUUCCUCACUUUCCACAGUACCCUCUGUGCGUUGGGCUGUACAAAAACGUGAAGAAUGCUUCUUUUCUCCGUCAGCAGCUUCUGGCUGGCAACGCCGACUUCGAAUAUGCUUUCCUCGAUGCUUCUGUUGUCGUCUCUCGUAUGCAGUUCCUCGCUGCUUCUUUCCGAGGCAUCAACGACUUUGCAAGUGAUCGCAUGAAGAGUCACAACGUUCAUUCUGAGAUUGUCUUUUCUUUCUCACCAAACAACAAUAUCGCUGAGUCGUUCCGUCGCUUUGGUAUCUCCGACACGACCCAACAUGUUCUGGCUAUCAAAGUUCUCUCUUCGGGGAUCACUGCCGAGUCCGUCAGCCAACACCUCCAGCAGAACAUCGAAGGCGAUCAAGUAGAUGUCUCGGAUACGAACUUUGCCGAGCUUGUUGAUCAAGCAAGACUCCGCAAAAUCUACAAGCUCAAUGUUCAGGCAAGGAAAGGCUCCGCAAAUGGUACUUCUUCCAAGGAAGCUGAGAUCAAGGAGCUCGAGACUUCUAUUCUCGGUGUCAUGGCUCUUAGAGGCUCAUGA